AUGGCGUCUGCGCAGUUCCGUGAUGAAGUGGAGCAAAUAAAGCGCUCAAUAACAGCGUGCACUGCGAGCCGCCGGACGGCAAAUGCUUUUGUAAUAGGCCUGAUGGAGCCGCGGCGCGUCCCCGCGAUAUCGCCUCCGGGAACCUCCGCGUCCCCUCCACCCCCUCCAACCCCUCCUCAUCCACGCUGCUCGCGGCGUCACCUGCCCGUCUGCGGAGCCGCGCAGCCGCCGGAGCGCCCUCACUUAAUCCCAGAGGGCGCCGUUAAUGAAGGCGCCCGGCCAGGCACUAACAACCGGCCGCGCCUCGCAAACAGCUGCACGUUAAUCCGGCCGCCAGAACCGGGGUGCAAUCUGCACGGCUCCGGCUGCUGA